GUUCCAAUCUGGUCAUAAAAUUUCCUAGUGUUCCGAGGCGUAGCAUCCAUUUUACUCGAGUGAAAAGGCCAAACCAAACCCUAGUUUGAUAUCGGGAGUAGCGGCCGACCCCGCCGGUUUCCGCUCUCGGCACCUUUGCUCAAAGCUUUCACCCCCAGUGCAAGAUACAAGGCUCGGGACUCUCUAAUCCUUGUUGGGAUUUCCUACUUUUGCGCUGUUGCUCCCCUGCUAACCGCGGGAGUGUUUCUCAAUUCACUUUCCGUUUCCGAGUUCUGAACUCGUCGGUCUCUGCGAAUUCCAGGCGGCUGAGAAGAAGAUGACGAGCAGAGGAGGAAGGGACAGAUUUCGAAGGGACUACCCGCCGAGAUCUGAAGAGAAGAGCCAGUCUGGGCGCAGCAGUGCGCCCCCAUCCAGACACCUCUGGGUUGGGAAUCUCUCCCACAGCAUGACUGAGAGUAUGUUGGCUGACCACUUUUCACGCUUUGGAGAGCUUGUGAGUGUUGCUUUUCAACCUGGUCGUAGCUAUGCUUUCAUUAAUUUCAAAAGGGAAGAAGAAGCCAUUGAUGCCAUGAGAGGACUUCAAGGUUUUCCUGUUGCUGGCAUGCCUCUUAAAAUUGAGUUCGCAAAGGCGGAAAAGUCAACCCCCUUACAUGAUGAAAAUUUUUUGCAACGUCGAGAUGUACAGCGAUCUGCAGUACGUGGAUCUCCACUCUUGCACAGGGACUCCAGGACACAUUCCAGUCCUGAACCAUUUUUUCCUGACAAGUCCAGGUUCAGUGAUAAAAGUUCAGAACCCAGUGAGGUUCUAUGGAUAGGGUUUCCAGCCUUGUUGAAGGUGGAUGAAAUGAUUUUAAGGAAGGCUUUUUCACCGUUUGGUGAGAUUGAGAAGAUCACUGUAUUUCCAGGUCGUACUUAUGCUUUUGUUCAAUUCAGGAGCCUAAUGGCUGCUUGCAGGGCAAAAGAAACUCUUCAGGGGAAAUUAUUUGGCAAUCCUCGUGUACAUAUUUGUUUUGCAAAGAGUGAACGUGGCUCAUCAAACAGUGUAAGGAACUCUAUGAACAUCCCUCCAUCCCCUCAGCGUUUUAAGGCAAAUGGUCACCCAGGAUCUUCUGAUAACUCUUGGCAGGAGAGAAGCUUUGAGGGUUUCAGUGGAGAUCCUGGCCUUGGAUCACAUUUUUUUUCAAAUUUGGAAUCUGGAGAUCCGGAGCUCUUUACUUUUAGUAGGAAGGGUACUUCAUGGACGGGUGGAGACAUGACAUUUGAACAGAGGAGGUUCCCAGAAGGCGGUUCUGAGUUAGGACUGCCAGAAGAUGUUUAUGAACAUCGCAGUAGUCCUACAGGAGAUGGGGGUACUCAUUUCCAUGAUUAUUCCUCACAAAAACUUCCUCAAAGACAUCCACUGUAUGAAGAUCCGUGGGAUUUGCCAGAAGAUGCCUCUCUCUUUCAUGGAGUAAAAAAACUAAAGACUGGCUCUUUUCCUCCAGACAAAGAACUACCAGAUUAUCCUUUUCCUGAUUCAGAAAAAGCAAAACAUGCUUUCCCAAGAAUGUUCUCCGAUUUUCCCAGACCUGAGGUCCUUGACAAGAAUGUUGAGUCUGGACCUAUUGGGUAUAAACAGAUUCCUGAUUACCUGACAAGUUCAACUGGAUUUCAAGGGGAAAGGAGCAACCAUUGGAAAGCAUCUUUGGAUAGCUAUCAGGCUGGUUCUGUUUCUGGUUCUGGUUCUGGUUCCGGUUCCAGUUCCUUGCCUUCAAGCACAGUUGAGUGGAAACAAUUUGCUCCUGAACCACGUCCAUCUUCUUUGAAUGAGGAGUGGAAAUGGGAGGGGACUAUAGCGAAGGGAGGAACCCCAGUCUGCCGUGCUCGUUGUUUUCCUGUGGGAAGGGCCCUGGAUACCAUGUUGCCUGAGUUCUUAGAUUGCACUGCAAGGACUGGUCUAGACAUGCUUGCAAAACAUUACUAUCAAGCAGCUGGUGCUUGGGUAGUGUUCUUUGUCCCUGAAAGCGAUGCUGAUAUUGGAUUCUACAAUGAGUUCAUGAAUUAUAUGGAGGAGAAGCAGCGAGCAGCGGUUGCUAAAUUGGAUGACAAGACCACCUUGUUUCUUGUACCUCCUUCAGAUUUCUCAGAGAAGGUACUGAAGGUACCUGGGAAACUAAGCAUCUCUGGUGUCAUUUUGAGGUUGGAGCAUCCCAGUUCCAAUUUUGGCUCUCUUCAACACCUGCAUGAGAAAUCAGAUAUGAAUGCGAUGUCUUUUGUUGGGGAUACAUCAUACCCAAAGCCCACAUCACCUCCAGGAUCCUUUCCUUCAUUGGCAUCAUUUUCAAAUUUAGGAAAAGUGGGAGCUAAUAACGUAUCUUAUUCUGGAAGCUUGUCCACAUCAGUGCCACCUGCAUCAUUUUCUGGUUCAUCUCAUGCCACUGCUGGAAAUAUAUCCAACAUAUCCAACGCUAGUAAUGAGAACAGGCAAGAACACCCUAUCCAGCAGCCGAACACCACUUUGGGACCCAACUGGUCUCCCCACCUGCUGCAGAACACAAUUUCAGCCACUAGAAAUAUACCAUCGCAAGCACCAAUUAAUGCUGUUGAUAUGACUGUUCGGGAUUAUCGCUCAGUUUUGCCAGCACAAGAAACAAGCUCAGGUCAUUAUACAACAGCACUUCCAGGUAUUCCAUUGUCUGAAAGUCUUGAGGAGUCCAAACCACCAACCUCCUUAUCUAUGCCUAUUACAGCCCUGCCUCCAGAACAGCUUGCGAGGUUGGCAUCAUCACUUCUUGGACAGCAGAGGCAGCUUGGUAGUGGUUCUAAUUUACACAUUGGUGAUGUUAGGCACACAAGCUCAUUGAGUCAGUCGGAUAAACCAUUUACAGCAUUGCAAAGAUACGUUUUACACAAUGACCUACAGUCUUCUCAGCUCUCUACAUCUCAGUUUUGUCAUACACAACAGCCACAGCAGCUCCAGCCACAGUCACAACCGCAGCCGCAGCCGCAGCAGCAGCCGCAGCAACAGCUACAGCCGCAGCCGCAGCGACAGCCACAGCCACAGCCGCAGCCGCAGCAGAGCUUCAAUGUUCCUCCUGUGCCAUGCAUUGGUCAAAUGGAGCCUGGAGCAGCAGGCCAGGGGAAUCAGCAGCUGCAAAGUGGUGGUACACAGGAGGAAGUCGAAACAGAUCCACAGAAACGGCUGCAAGCAACAUUACAGUUGGCGGCUGCUCUUCUUCAGCAAAUCCAGCAAGGGAAAGGGACUUGACCACUGCUACAUUCUGUUCCCAGGGAGUUUGAGAGAGGGAUAUGACUUUAGUAUGUUGGUUUGCCUUUGGGGAAUAAUAAUGAUGUAUAGAUAUGGGUGGAUUAAGUGAACAUUUUGUACCAGAAGAGGGUAAUGGCACAUUCUUGUGGGGUUCUUGAUUCUGACUGGCUGUUUUUAGCUUUGUUUUGUUUAAUUAGUUAUAAACUUCCCUUGAUCCAGUACGGGGUUAUUUGAAUAGUUGCUCGCAAUUAACAUUGGUGGCAACUGGUUGUUCCUGAGGAUUUGUCUCUGUUUUGUUGGAUACUGAUAUGGUUAGGCCUUUUUCACUGUCUAGUGAUUUUAGAUGUU